AUGCCUCGCUUGGAUAAGUCAAGUGGCAAAGGGGCAAAAAGGCCAAAACUGGACUGGAGGUUUGUUGAGAGGUUCUGCAGCAUCCAGAGGGUCCUGUUCCCGUCAUGGACCAGUCAAAGUGUCCUGAUGUUUGGGACUCUGCUUGGAGUUACUCUGACAGAGCAGCUGAUCAUUUACCAAGUGGGUGUCCUUCCAAGUCACUUCUACCACGUGCUGGCAGACAAAGAUAUCUCUGGCUUCAGGAGUCUGAUGGGAGCAGCUAUGGUGCUCAUUCUACUCAACUCCACGUUGAAAAGUCUGGAUCAGUACAUUUGCAAUCAGAUGUAUGUUAGCUGGAGGAAAACGCUAACGGAGAGCCUCCAUUCAGCCUACUUCCAGGGCAGAGUCUAUUACACCCUCAAUGUUCUCAGAGAGGACAUCGAUAACCCAGACCAGCGGAUCAGUCAGGACACAGAGAGGUUGUGUAAACAGAUGAGCACCAUGGCCAGCCGUCUGAUUGUCUCACCAUUCACACUGUCCUACUACACCUAUCAGUGCUUUCACAGCACCGGCUGGAUCGGUCCAGUGAGCAUCUUUGGAUAUUUUGUAGUUGGAACUAUUGCCAAUAAAAUCCUCAUGGGACCUAUUAUAUCAACCCUGUUUGAUCAGGAAAAACUGGAGGGAGACUUCAGAUUCAAGCACAUGCAGAUCCGUGUUAAUGCAGAAUCUGCAGCUUUCUACAGAGCUGGUAAAGUGGAACACAUGAGAACCGACAGAAGACUUCAGGCUCUGCUGCAGACUCAGAGGAGCCUCAUAAACAAAGAGCUUUGGCUUUAUAUUGGAGUUAACACCUUUGACUAUAUGGGAGGUUUCCUCAGCUACAUUGUAAUCGCCAUUCCCAUCUUUACUGGUAUUUAUGACAGCCUCACUCCUGGUGAACUCAGUGCUCUCGUUAGUAAGAAUGCCUUUGUGUGCAUCUACUUGAUAAACGGCUUCACUCAGCUAAUAGACCUGUCGACCACCCUGUCAGACGUGGCUGGAUACACCCACAGAAUUGGAGAGCUGAGGGAGGUGAUGGAUGACAUCCUACACAGGCAGUGCGACUACGACCCGGCAUCUGGGGAAAGCUACGACUUCGACAGUGACUUCAAUGUCCACGCUGGACCUGUGGACACUGCCUUUAUCCUGGACAACCUCUCAUACAAAUCUCCUUACUCAGAGGAGCUGCUGGUGGAGGAUCUGAGUCUGAAAAUCAGCCAGGGAAAUAAUUUGCUUGUGGUGGGCAACACAGGCACUGGAAAGACGUCACUGCUGCGGGUCCUGAACCGCCUUUGGGAGGCUGACAGCGGUUUUGUGCAGAUGACUACAUGUUUCGGACCCAGAGGAACCCUCUUUCUUCCACAGAAACCCUACUUGACUGAUGGAACACUGCGUGAACAGGUGAUCUACCCCCUGAAAGAUAUUUACCCAGCAUCAGGGUCAGUGGAUGAUGACAGGAUUAUCCAGUUCCUGGAGCUAGCUGGAGUGUCCAGUCUCCUGAAAAGGACCGGAGGGCUGGAUGAAAAAGUGGACUGGAACUGGUAUGACGUUCUGUCUCCAGGUGAAAUGCAGCGCCUCUGCUUUGCACGACUCUUCUACCUGCAGCCAAAAUAUGCCGUAUUAGAUGAGGCCACCAGCGCUUUGACGGAGGAAGCAGAAGCACAGCUGUACAGAACCUGUAAACAGCUGGGCAUGACGUUGAUCAGUCUGGGGCACCGAAGCAGCCUGGAGAAGUUCCACGACGUCCAGCUGAAGCUAUGUGGAGGAGGUCGAUGGGAGUUAACCAAGAUAAAAGGAACCAGCGGGAAUCCCGGCCUCAGAGAAGAAGUCAUGUGA